AUGUCUGGAGAAUCAAGCUCUGGUUCUACCGAUCAUUGCAUCAAAGUUGUACCGACACACGGUGGUCGCUAUGUUCAGUACAACGUUUAUGGACAGCUUUUUGAAGUAUCCAGAAAGUAUGUUCCUCCUAUUCGUCCCAUUGGUAGAGGCGCUUGCGGUAUUGUCUGUGCUGCGGUGAACUCAGUGACUGGAGAGAAAGUAGCGAUUAAGAAGAUUGGUAAUGCGUUCGAUAACAUUAUUGAUGCUAAGAGAACUCUACGUGAAAUUAAGCUUCUCAGGCAUAUGGAUCAUGAGAACGUCAUAACCAUCAAAGAUAUUGUAAGGCCUCCACAGCGAGAUAUCUUCAACGAUGUCUACAUUGUCUAUGAGUUAAUGGACACUGAUCUUCAGCGAAUCCUCCGUUCAAACCAACCGCUGAACAAUGAUCAAUGCCGCUUCUUUGUGUACCAGUUAUUAAGAGGACUCAAAUACGUGCACUCGGCAAACAUAUUACAUCGCGAUCUAAGGCCAAGCAACGUGCUACUUAACUCGAAACACGAGCUAAAGAUUGGUGAUUUUGGGCUUGCAAGAACAACUUCAGACACAGAUUUCAUGACUGAAUACGUCGUUACCCGUUGGUACAGAGCUCCUGAGUUGCUUCUUAACUGCUCAGAGUACACCGCAGCUAUAGAUAUUUGGUCUGUCGGUUGCAUACUCGGCGAAAUCAUGACUGGACAACCUUUGUUUCCAGGCAAAGAUUAUGUUCAUCAGCUUAGGCUUAUCACAGAGCUUGUAGGCUCUCCGGACAAUUCUAGUCUCGGUUUCCUUCGCAGUGACAACGCAAGAAGAUACGUCAGGCAACUUCCGCGAUACCCGAAACAACAGUUUGCUGCUAGAUUCCCGAAAAUGCCUCCUACCGCUAUCGAUUUGCUUGAGAGAAUGCUCAUCUUUGAUCCAAACCGACGCAUCUCAGUCGAUGAAGCUCUUGGCCACGCUUACCUAUCACCGCACCACGAUGUGGCCAAAGAACCUGUCUGUUCGACUCCUUUCAGCUUCGAUUUCGAGCAUCCUUCUUGCACGGAAGAACACAUAAAAGAGCUUAUCUACAAGGAGUCUGUCAAAUUCAAUCCAGACCAUUGA